UUCUCCUCCAGCAUUAAACCUUUUAUGAGUUUAUCCAGCACAAAAAAGUUUCUCUCUGCCGCCCUCAUGUCUGUUUCACUCGAGCUCAACGGUCACCCUUUGCCCGUCUUUCAUCGUCACCCGGGUUUCGAUGAAUUCUCGUCCGCGAACAUUCCUAGAUUGCUUUCCAGGCGCUGUUGCUCACACCAAUUCAACAACUCCUCAGUUAAUCUGAGCCGUUCUCGACCACCCAGAGUCCGCUCAAUUGACGGCGACAACAGUGGUUAUGGUAUAUCGGAUGGUCCGAACCACAAAGGUUCCACAGAGAAGAAUGAAAGCAGUCAAGGAGGAUCGCUCACAUCCAAUGAGAUGUUGAAGAGAUUAAAGAGAUAUGGAAUUUCAGGAAUAUUGUCCUAUGGGCUAUUGAAUACUGCCUACUAUCUUACAGCGUUUCUCUUGGUUUGGUUUUAUGUUGCUCCUGCACCUGGAAGAAUGGGAUAUCUUGCAGCGGUUGAAAGAUUCCUCAAAGUAAUGGCCAUGGUGUGGGCUGGAAGCCAAGUUACCAAGCUUGUAAGAGCUGGCGGGGCUCUUGCUCUUGCACCUUUUGUUGACAGAGGAUUGUCAUGGUUCACUGUCAAAUUGAAGUUCGAGUCUAAAGGGAAGGCUUUCAUGGCGAUUGUUGGGUUUUGUGUUGGACUGGCUAUCGUGCUAUUUAUGGUUUUGACAGUGCUUUGGGCGUAGGAGCAAUUCCUGUUGAUUGUUGGAAACGAAGAACAUGAAAUAUCAUCAACCAAGAUGAUGGGAGGUGAAGAUGGGCCCAAAGAGUUGUCAUUAGCAUGCACUUGAAGCAGAAGAACAACCGGGAUAAGCAACUCCAUCAUCACCGCCCAUAUAAGUUUUUUAAUACAUUUCCUAUCCAUUGAUUUCCCCACACUUUAGAAACUUUCUUAUAUAUUUCGAACCAAAGUCGGAAUGAUAUUUAGCGCUUAAACCCUUUAAUAA